GCGGCGCCGGGCAGGCCUGAGCGGCGGCGCGCGGCGCCCGGCCCGCGGGGAUGCGGGACCGGCUGCCGGACCUGACGGCGUGUCGGAAAAAUGAUGAUGGAGACACAACUAUUGUUAUUGAAAAGGACCAUUUUAUGGAUGAAUUCUUCCAUCAGGUUGAGGAGGUCAGAGACAGAAUAGCUAAAAUAGCUCAGUACGUUGAAGAGGUAAAGAAAAACCACAGCAUCAUUCUUUCUGCACCAAACCCAGAAGGAAAAAUAAAAGAAGAACUUGAAGAUCUGAACAAAGAAAUCAAGGAAACUGCUAAUAAAAUUAGGACCAAGUUAAAAUCUUUUGAACAAAGUUUUGAUCAGGAUGAGAGUGGGAACCGAACGUCAGUGGAUCUUCGGAUACGAAGAACCCAGCAUUCAGUGCUGUCUCGAAAGUUUGUGGAAGUUAUGACAGAGUAUAAUGAAGCACAGACUCUAUUUCGGGAGCGAAGCAAAGGCCGGAUACAGCGUCAGCUAGAAAUAACUGGAAAAACUACCACUGAUGACGAACUAGAAGAGAUGCUGGAAAGUGGGAAUCCCUCCAUUUUCACGUCGGACAUUAUAUCAGAUUCACAGAUUACUAGACAGGCUCUCAAUGAAAUUGAGUCACGUCAUAAAGACAUUAUGAAGCUGGAGACCAGCAUCCGAGAGCUGCAUGAGAUGUUCAUGGACAUGGCCACGUUCGUUGAGACUCAGGGCGAAAUGAUCAACAACAUAGAAAAAAACGUUAUGAAUGCCACAGACUAUGUAGAACAUGCUAAAGAAGAAACGAAAAAAGCUAUUAAAUAUCAAAGCAAAGCAAGAAGGAAAAUGAUGUUCAUUAUUAUUUGCGUAGUUGUUUUGCUUGCGAUCCUUGGAAUUAUCCUAGCAGCAACACUGUCAUAGCAACCAUGUCCCAAGAGCCAUUUAUCCUUGGAGUCAGACCAUAUCUGCAGCAAAUGAGCCUCCUCCCCUUUCAUGAAUGAAUCCUAGACAUUGUGACACGUGGCAUUGAGUGCUGACUUUUUAUUAGUGAAUUCAAGGAGAAAACGCAACAGAAUGUAUUGUUUGGUGAGAAAAGCAGAAUGGAUGUGAUGAGUUAACCCAAACAUCCUCGGCUCUACAUAACACACCACAAAAAAUUAACAACGUGAAACUGGUUUCAGUGGCCUUAAAAUAAGGAAUUAUUGAAAUUUUCAAUUUUUUAAAAUAUUUCAGUGUUAAAAAUGUAUGUGAGGUUUAAUUAGGAAUGUCUUAUGUUAUGAAGCUAUUAGAUGUGAGGUCUAAGACUUUCUUCCCUCUCCCGGCUAACAUGCUGAUUGAGACGUUUUUGUACUGUGUUUAAUUUGUGUUUGUUUAUGUUUGCAAAAAUUAUUUUUAUUAUCGCAGAGCUGUUUUGUAAGAUAUCUAUAAUUUUAAAUGUUUAUAAAUUGUUUAAUAUAUUAACAUCUUAAUUUACUCCAAUUUUAUAUAUUAACUAUUGCCUUUUAAAAGAAAUAGGAAGGUUCAUGAUAUUAGAGCCAUUUUUGCACAGUUGUUUACAAAGUUUGCCAUCGGCCUAGGAGACGUUGGUUGCAAGGUUCCCCAAAAAGCCUUUCCUAGUGCCUUCUGUUAAAAUGGAUUUAAAUGCGCCCAACACCCUGCAGGAAAAGCUUGAUCGAUUAUUGUACUCAGCUCCAUUUCUAGCUGUUUCAUCACCCAAGAUAAUAAAUUAGUUACUGCACUGUAAAGACAGUGCUCUCUUCUUUUAUUCAUUACAAAAUGAGGUUUGUGAUUCCCUGUUUACACUAAUAAAGUCUCAAUUUAAGAUGGUGAUAAAACCAAAUUUUAAACUCAAGGGGAUUAUUCCCAGACAUUAAGUAAGUCUUUUAAAUUUCAACUGCUGUACAGAUCACCUAAAUGUUCUUGUUCUGUACCUACUCUCCUGCUGAACUUUAAAAGUUAAUUCCGAAAGUUUACAGGAAUCUAUGAUAAUUAACUUUUUUUUUUUUUUUUUUUUGCGGUACGCGGGCCUCUCACCGUUGCGGCCUCUCCCGUUGCGGAGCACAG